UGAAGGCUACAAAGUUCUGGACAGCGCUGACAGGAAGAAUACCUACGGUAUGGGCAAUGCAGCAUGUGACAACGACAUUGAAGAAGCGUGGUACCGCUUCACCGGAGCCGCAGGCUCAAAGAUGCCAGAGUCACCACCAAAUAAAAACACGUGUGGCACGCAUGCACCGGGGUGGCUGAAUGGACGACAUCCAUCUGUUGCCGAGGGAAAGGUAUCCAGACAAGUCUGUUUCAACUGGGAUGGCAACAAUUGUAACUGGCAAGCCGGCAUUGAAGUACGAAACUGUGACUCGUUCUAUGUCUACAAACUGGUGAAAUCGCCCGGUUGCCAACUCCGUUAUUGUGGCAGUGACUAACGGAUGAUGGGCAAUUAAAACUGAAGCAUGUCACACGCUUACGGCUGAGCCUUACACUCCAACACAAGAACUUUACAGGGGAAAGGGGACGUAUACUUAUAUCAGCCUUAGCACUUGAUAUCAGCUGGUAGCAGAAGUUCAUUCUGUAAUGUGGACUUGAAUGAUUGAAAAGAGAAAUAAAGGAUUCA